CACCAUUCUGCCGCCCCCACAAUUUUGCUCCUCCUCGUCGGCGACCUCACCACCGGCGACUGACACAGCAAGCCGAGCCCUCCUUCCACCGAGGCCUUCUCUCGCCGAGAGGCGUCGCUAACGUCCUCCUGCCCUCCCUCUGCUAGGAUUGGAGAUCCAUCGAUCUGAACUCGGAUCGGUUUCUUCUUUUUCUGUUAGUUGUGGAUGAUUUGUGCUCUGCGUGGUCGUGGUGCGCUACUAGUCCGACCCAUCCAUCCGUAGUUAAUCCAGCCUUGGAGGUAUCCCCCCCCCCCCCCUUCAGUUUCAAUAAGGAUCAGGAGCGUAAUCUAACCUUGGAGUGCGAGUGACAAGAAUUCUUUUGGAAGAACAAGAGUAGUGUCCAGGUUGACGUUAAUAUGACAAUGACAGCUUGAUGGUCUCUAGACUAGAAAAAGUUGCAGUUUGAAGGCAGUGAAUAAUUGCACGCUGGAUUGCCAGAAAUGGUUUUUGUUCUGUAGCCAGCUUGAACUAAAUGGGCCACUCCUCCCCGUUUAGUGGUUACGGUGCCUCCCAUGAAGCAUAACCCCAGUAUCAUGCCAAUCAACACAUCAGAGGAAGUGGAGUUAGAAGAAGAAAAGGAUUUGUUAGUUAAGCACAAAAGGACUAAAUUUUCUGGGUCCAUUGUCCAGCCACAACAGGGAAUUGAAGUCUCUGACAUGGAGAUCGAAGUGCCUGAUGUUCUUUCAAUCGAAGUUUCUGCUGGCAAGGAUCCCAUGGAUGAGCUCACUGAUUGUGCAGUGCAGAGCUCUGGUGAAGCAAAUGGUUGCAGUAAGGGGCAUUUUCAGCAUGUUAAUGGUUAUUCAGUUAAUGAAUCAGCAAGUUCGAGACUGCUGAAAAUCUGCACAGCUAUUGGCUGGAAAGAGCCAUCAUAUGACUUUCAAGAACAAGGACCUCCCCAUAACAAAUUAUUCACAUGCAAGGUGACUGUCCAUGUGGACGGAAUCGUCAACACUGUUAUGGAGUGCUUCGGUGACCCCAAACAUCAGAAGAAUGCUGCGCGAGAACAUGCUGCUCAAGGGGCAUUGUGGUGCCUUGAGCACUAUGGACACGUCUAGUAAUCUUCCGAUGUGUCCCCAGUUGUGGGAGGCGUCUUUCAGCCCUUUUGCUGCUCCGAUCAGCCCUUGCUCCCGUUGCUAUCUGUAUAUCUCUAUCUCUAACCUAGGGUCAGAUAGUAUACUCCUUCGGUCAGUGAUGCUUAUCCGUGUCUGGACUUGUUACUAUGUGGUGGCAAACAGCAGCAUCCUUUGUGGAUCCCUCGACAUGAAUAGUCAUUUUGGCUUGGACAUGGUUACAAA